AUGGAGGUCGGAUUUCAGAGAUUGCCAAUAGAGCUUCUCUAUGAAUUGCAGUUAUGGGCGCUGUCGCCAUCUCUUCCGCGGGUGUCUCGACGUUUAUUUCACGUCUUCAAGUCGGCUUCACCGCACUUUCACGCGCAAUACAUAUUAUCGCGUGUCUGUUCCCCUGAUCUCUCGGUUAUUUAUACGAGAGCUCUUCGAUAUCCUUUGUGCUCAGAGGGUGUCCUCAAAUCGAUCCAAGAACUCUUGGAGGGACACGAACAUUCAUGUACUUCUUCCUGCGAACUCCCUAGAAGGCUUUUUCGGACACUCAUCCCUCGAAAGGACAUAUCCGAAUGGAAGAGGGACGAUCCUCCUCUUCCACUCCUUCGCUACCUCUACGACACCCCCGGAAUUCCACCUCCAGACAUCAAUUCUCAUUCCGGUUACGCUCUGACAAGAGCAGUGCAUGCCCGAUGUAUCCCCGUCGUCCGAUUUCUCUUAGACUUAGGUGCAUCACCGGCGUACAAGAAAAAUCUCGCCGUAAUAGUGGCGAUAAGGCAAAAGGACCUCACUUUGGUAAAGAUGCUGGUCGAGAGAGAGGAUAAAGCCUCUCUGAACAAAGGAACGGCGAAGAAGCGGAAACUCGAAGAUCGUGUUCUUCUCGACUCCAGGAUGUUGAAGAUUGCUCUUGAACGCGAUGCUAUGGACAUCGUGGAGUACAUGACACAAGAAAAGGGCUUAAUCCCAGAUAUACAGACACUGAAGACGAUGAUGAUGUGA